AUGGAAUGCAAAGGGUUAGGGCAGUUGAUUGCAAAUUACGCAGUGGCCUUGUAUUUUACAUUAUGUAUUUUGGACAGAAUUAGUGGACAGAUACAUUACAUAAUUUCCGAAGAAUUAAAUCGCGGCUCUGUAGUCGGGAAUGUAGCUAAAGAUCUGGGAUUACAGUUGCAGAGUAUUUCUGGUCGAAACCCAAGGAUCGUUUCCAAGUCGAAGAAGGACCAUUUCAGCAUAAACUCAAAAGAUGGUAUUCUAAUUGUUGCAGACAAAACAGACAGAGAAGAGCUAUGCACUCACCGUUCUUCGUGCUUCCUACAUCUUCAGCUGAUACUGGAAAACCCAUUGGAAGUACAUAGUGUGAAAGUAGAGAUACUGGACAUAAAUGACAAUCCGCCACGAUUUCCUGCUGAGCAUUUCGCAAUGGAAAUCAUGGAGGGAGCAACCAUGGUGGGCGCCCGUUAUGAAUUAGAAGGGGCGCAAGAUCCUGACAUCGGGGUGAAUUCUUUAUCAAACUAUUGGCUUACACCAAGUGAAUAUUUUGUUCUGAGAGUGAAAACCUCUGAUGAUGGUAUUAAAGUACCGGAGAUCGUGUUGCAGAAAGCUCUGGACAGGGAACAGCAGUCGGUGCAUCAUUUAAUCUUAACAGCUGUAGAUGGUGGAAAUCCUGCGCUAUCGGGUACAGUAAAUAUUACAGUUAUAGUAUUUGAUUUUAACGAUAAUGCACCUAAAUUUAAUCAAUCGUCUUAUAAUGUGAGACUUAAAGAAAACUCUCCAAUAGGAACUGUUGUGAUCCAACUGAAAGCCACAGAUCCAGAUGAAGGUGUCAAUGGAGAAAUAGAGUAUUCAUUUAGAAGGGGUCGCAUUUCGGGUAACGUUAAUCAAGUCUUUAGUAUAGACCCUCACACAGGAGAGAUCAGGACAAGUGAUGUCUUGGAUUUUGAAGACGUUGGACAGUAUACUAUUCAAGUAAAGGCAAAAGACCGGGGUACACCAACUGCGGAAGAAUAUUGUACUGUCAAUGUAGAAAUUAUUGAUGUAAAUGACAACGCCCCCGAAGUGAUCUUAAACUCUUUAGCCAACUCCAUAAAGGAAGAUGCUCUUCCAGGCACUGUUGUUGCUUUAAUCAGUGUUAGUGAUAAUGAUUAUGGAGAAAAUGGGCGUGUCCAUCUUCAGAUACCACCUGACAUUCCGUUCAAACUUGUGCCAUCCCUUGAAGAUCACUACACACUGAUAACACAGGAUUUUCUGGACCGUGAGGCCAAUCCUCAAUAUAAUAUUACGGUAAAGGCUACUGAUUUGGGGUCUCCUCCUUUAUCCGCCCAACGAAUGAUUUCUAUUAAUAUUUCUGAUGUAAAUGACAAUUCACCUCGUUUUUCACAGUCUUCAUAUACCACCCACGUACAGGAAAACAAUCAUCCAGGAUUAUUUCUUUGUUCCGUGAUUGCUUCUGACCCCGACGAUGGCAAAAACUCAAAGCUUUCUUAUUCAAUCAGAAACCAAAAAAUUGGAGAGCUACCCGUUUCCUCAUAUUUUUACAUCAACCCCGAAAAUGGCUCACUCUAUAGUGCUCGUUCCUUUAAUUAUGAGGAAGUCCACUAUUUUCAACUACAAAUCCAGGCUGAGGACAUGGGUAGUCCUCCACUGAGAACCAAUGUGACGGUUGACAUAUUCAUCAUUGACCAAAAUGACAAUGCUCCACAAAUUGUUUAUCCCAAAGCGGUACAGGGCAGUACAAUCCAGCAAACAAUUCCUCGUUCUGCACAAGUGGGUUACUUAGUGACCAAGAUAGUAGGGAUUGAUGAAGACAGGGGUUAUAACGCAUGGCUCUCAUACAAGCUUCAACCAUCUCAAGAUGUUGAUGAGUUCCUUAUAGCACCCUAUACAGGAGAAAUCCGCACAGCUAAGGUCUUACAGGAUUCAGGAGAGUCAACAAAAAAUGUCGUUGUUGAGGUGAAAGACAGUGGGAAGCCAGCCCUUUCUACUUCUGUUACUCUGCUUCUAUUUUUGGAAGAUAACUCAGAAGGAUUUUCGGGCUAUAAGGAUAUCCCUGUUGUUUCCUCUAGUUCGUCAAAUUUAACGUUGUAUCUCAUAAUAUCGUUGAUAGUAAGUUCGUUUGUUUUAUUUCUAACUUUUGCAGCUCUUGCUGUUAACUGUCUGAGAAAGAGAAAAGGUGACACGUUAUGUUCUGCAGAUCUUUGCUGUUGCUACACAGAGCAGAACUUGGAUACUAAGUAUCCAUAUGACUACUGUGCUGGAAGCCUGAGGGUACAACUGAAUUCUGAUGGCCCUUUGAAAUAUGUAGAGGUGCGUCCAAGUGGGAUGAUAUCCCAGCCAGGACAAUCAAGAUCAUGUUUACCUCCAGUGGUAGAUGGGGAAGAGUUUCUUUUUCUCAAACCUACCACUAAUGCGGAUACCUUCUCUUCAAGUACAAGUAAUCCUACCGAUUCUGCUAACAUGGAAAAAAUAGAGCUUCCUGAAGAGGCUUACGUCAGUGCCUGUCCAAAUCACGUUUACGGACGAUCUUCUUUUGUUAAAGUUUUACAAGGAAAGUGUGACAAAACAGGUAACCGGACAGGACUGAGGAAGGACUCCAUAAUCUAA